AUGGGAACAAAGGCAGCCCUGCGGCAAUGGCUCUACUUCCGAAAAGCCCUCGCGCCCACCUCUGCGAUAAUCGACUUGCCUCGAGCAAGCAGCCUUACACCCGCAAAUCUACUCAAAGCCAAUAGCCAUGCGAUCCGCACCACACGGCCAUUCCACAGUACCUCGUCGAAACAGGCAAAAGUGCGGGCUCGCCCAGCACCUGCCGCAAAGCGAGCGCGAGAACAAAAACAACGCGAAACCAAUUUCCGUGCUGCCUGGGACCCGAUGAGUGGCGUUGCUGGCACGGGCCUAUUAAUGGAACCUUUGCGCGUCUUCAAACCGGAAUACGUUGGGACUAUGGAGGAGAUGUUGCAUAAGCAUGAAACGCAUUCAAAAUGGGCGUACGCAGCUGCCACUAGAGACGGUCUGAUUCCCAGUGCUAUCAGUGAGAAGACAUACAAAGAUGUGGGUGAUCAGCUGAUCAGAGCGGCGUGGGAUUCGCGGGCAGAUGAAGGGAAAGAUAUUAUUCGGGCUAUUUCGACAGAUGUCGAUGCUAUUUACCGCAUUGGUUGGAUGGUCAGUGCUGAGAGCAAGGCCUUUCGCCAAUGGCUUAAUUUGGCAUGUGCAGGCGCUGGCGCUGCUCUUCCGCUUGUGAUCUUUACGCGAAACACUAUCUCGGAUACACAUGCACCGGAGCACGAUACUGUUCUGUUUAAGCGUUUGUUCGAAUUGGCGGAUCAUGGAUACCCUCCUGCCAUACUACUGCAGGCAAAGAUCAUGCAUUUACGGGGGCAACAUGAGGCCUCUGCUAAGCUUCUAGAAGAGAAGGUGCUGCCGUAUCUCUCCCCGACAGCACGAAAACCCUUGCCAUUCGAGGACAUCUGUCUGGGUGGCCUCAUGGAGUCACCAUACAGGUUAUACGCGCUGAUCCUGGCAACAAUGGGCGAAGCGAAGACUUCCAAGGAAUACCGCGCCAAAGCAGAUGAAGCGCUCCGAGUCGCAGCACUGGAAUACAACGAACCCGCAGCGCUAAUCGAAUACGCAUCCCUUAUGAUGAACAAGAACAACUUGGAGAUGUAUGAAGAAUGCAUGUCCAAAGCUGCCACGCAGGGCGAAGGAUCAGCUUGUUUCUACCUCGCAAAUUUCUACUACCUCACCCAUCAAGGGGUGUACCCAACACGCGGUGAACAAAAGCCCACACGAGCCAAUCCCGACCCGGUCGCAAACUGGAAACCGAUUGACGUCGACUCUAAGGCUGAAAUCGAACCACCCAAAAAGCUUAGCAAGCAGAUCGUCAAACAUUUGAAAGGCCUAUUCAACCGUUCCAUGAGCCGUGCUGAAUACCACCGGCUUGCGCUCAGUUGGUAUUAUCAAGCCGCCGCCUGGAAUGGUGAACUCCGGGCAAGCUUUAUGCAUGCGCUUCUGUCGCGGGAGAUGGGCUUGAUGACGGAAGGCCGGCAAAUGUUGGAACUUUCGCAUAUGGAAUAUGAUCCCGUCUAUUCGAAGAAGGUGGCGGACUUGAAGGCUAAUUGGUUUAAUAAGGAUUAUGAGCCAUCGGUGCCGAAGAAGAUGUUACCUGUUCGAUGA